AAUAACCUUGUGAUCUCUCUUUCUUGAUACCGUUUGCUUCAAUAACAACGGGAAAAGCAUUAUUAUUUAGUCAUUGUGCGUUUGUCGCAAGAGUAAAAAUGAAAGAAUUCUCCUUUGUAGUAGUGUUUUAUUUCAUAACAUUAAGUUUAGCUGAGUUUGAAGUUCCGGAUGCUUUGGUUGAGGUUUUUCAACCACAAGGCUUACGAGUUUCGAUUCCAGACCAAGAAGGCAUAAAACUCUUUGCCUUUCAUGCCAAAGUCAACGAAGAAAUGAACGGCCGCGAAGGCGGAACAUUUUCAAGGGACAUCACAAAGGCUAAACACGGCCGUUGGACUUUUUACGAUCCUUACGCAAAACUAAAAAUUGGAGACACGAUUUAUUACUGGACUUAUGUUGACUAUUUUGACGGAAAAAAUAAACUAGGUUACACAAAAGACGAUCAAGAAUUUGUAGUCAGACAAUUACUAGACAAAGAAAAGUCUCCUGCAAACCCACCGGUCAAAAAACCAGAACCUGAAAUAGAAGAAAGACUGCCCAGUGGCUGUAAAGCAAGCGCAACAAUCAGCAAACAGAAAAAAAUGUGUAAAGGAGAGGAAAUCUUUAACGAAAAUUUCGAAAACUUGAAACCAGAGUUGUGGAACCGCGAAAUCAAAUAUGCCGGAAAACCGGACUUUGAAUUUGUUUUAUACACCGACCGGAAGGAAAUUUUAUCAGUGAACAACAACGAGCUUACAAUACGUCCAAUUUUUACCGAACAACUGUUCGGAAAAGAAUUCGUGAGUUACGAACAUGAACUAGAUCUCGGUGAAAAAUGUACCGGAAUCCACGGCACCACCGACUGUGUACAAAAAGCCGACGCUUUUUUAAUCCUUCCUCCGGUGGCUUCCGGUCGCGUUAACACCAAAGACAAGUGGUCUUUUAAAUUUGGAAAAAUCGAAAUCAAGGCCAAAUUGCCCAAAGGCGAUUGGAUUUACCCCCAAUUGUUCCUGAAUCCGGUGAGUGAGGAGUACGGCUCGGAUUACGCCUCCGGGCAAAUCCGGGUCGCUUUCCUCCCCGGAAACCAAGCAAUGGCGCAACAAUUGUACGGCGGGUGUGUUCUGGGACCCACCACUGCUGCAAGGAAUUACGCCUUGAAAGUAAUUCGUAAAACUGAUGGCUUGUGGAGCGAUGAUUAUCAUAAGUUUACCGCAGUUUGGAAGCCAGACCAAAUUACUCUCAGCGUUGACGACCAAGUUUACGGCUACAUUGAGCCUCCUCGUGGGGGUUUUGUUAGCGACUUCCAAAAUUUAGGAUUAGACUUUGAAAUUGUCGAAAGAUGGCGCAACGGCACUUCCUUCGCACCAUUUGACAAAGAGAUGUAUCUGUCAAUCGGUGUGGGAGUCGGGGGUCAUUGUUUCGAAGAUCGCAGCGAUGGCAGCAAGCCAUGGAAAAACAGCGACCCCAAAGGCCAGAAAAACUUCUACAAAGCUUCCGCUCAAUGGUUGCCAACUUGGGAUAAUUCGAGCGUGUUAAAAGUGGACUAUGUGAAAAUAUGGGCCCUUUGAUUUUUUUUACACAACUUUAUUAAAUUAUUCGAAUUACACAAAAUAUUGUAUUGCCAUAUAAAAACAAUUGCAAAAAUAUUACAGCACAAUAAUACUUGUUUUGUACAAAA